UCAAAAAUAAUUUGUACCAUUUACUUCUACUUUUUUAUGAUUUUGACUACUGAUGUUUUGUUUGGUUACUCUUCGUAAUUGACCAUGAGUGAAGGUGGACUUUUGAACAGAAGCAGGAGUUAAAAAUGUGCGAUCCAUGUCGAUAUUUAAGGAGGUGCAUAAGCUGCCAUGGCGUGUGCUGUCCUCGACCAAGUUGCUGUGAGCGAUCUCGUUCCUCUAAUAUGAGGAAUUGUCGCGUCGUGUUUCCUGGGGAGUUCCAAAAGUUCUCGGACGUCGUGACGCCCAGUUUUCUUCUAAAGACGCCAGAGCGCCCAAAGAAACGGAAACGAUCGAAAAGUUGCUCAGCCUGUGAGGACAAUUGUAAGGAUCCGUGUUCAAAAAUGGAUGCAUGUGCGGAGAGGUGUGAGAAUCCAUGUCAAGAUGGUGUGAAUGGAUGCAAGAAUCCUGAAGAUUCCGGACAAGACGAUCUGGCUAGGACUGGAGCCUACGGAACUGGCUAUGGCUUCCAGCCGGGACAACCGACUAUUAUUCCGUGUUAUGGAACCUACGGACCGUCAGGAAAUGCUAUGAUUUUUGGUAUCCCGCCACCGACUGAAUAUGGAGGCUUUGGUGUCCCUGGUCCCAUGGUUCUAUCAGUGGCUCCACCAUCCUCGGUAGGUCAGGGUGAUCCAAGAUGUAUUCCAGCGGCAGGUCUACCCACACAGUACACAGAUAAGUUUAAUCCCUGUACCGGAGAAGUCUACGAAUGCGGAGAUCGGCAAAUGCCACCUGAAAGGCCACAAGGAACGGCGCAAGUACCUUCCUAUAAUCGAUUUAUUCAGGAUUUAGGCAUGGGCUUUGCACCCAAUAGUCAGUAUCUUCCAUUCAAUGAAGCAACAUUCCAACCACAUCCAAUAAAUCAAAGCCCAGUCACUCCUCCCUCAGGAGGAAGGGCACCAGCUUAUAGCCGUAAUAAUCAACCCAUUAACUGUGAGCCCAACAAUCAGAAUUAUAGCUAUACUGUUCCCCAAUCAACGAAUCAAGUUAAUGUUGGUGCUAACAGAUCUGAUGUCUAUAACCAGCAGAGUCAAGCCACGCAUUCAAGGGCAGUUCCCCACUCAGAGUCAUCAAGGGGACAACUGCCUCAUGGUGCCACUAGAUCAAAGUCUCCAAAUCAACGAAGCCAAUAUACGGGACAUCAUUCAAGCAGAGCUCAUGCCCAUAUCAAUACUGAAAUUGUUCAAGCUAGUCCAGGUGGCCAGAGGUCCAAGUCCAAGCUCAGUCACCGGAGCGAGUCUAGGGAAGGUCGUUCUGGAAAACUACAAGCCCGUAGAGCCACAGGCUAUCCUCAUUCUAGUAGUGGUGGAGAAAGAAAUACGGAUCUUAGGGCCGCGCCCAAGUCAAUGGCAUCCGCGAGUGAAGUGCGUUCUCGUGAUAACAGAUCGCAGGAUUUAAGAAAAAGAAAUAAAUCUGUAGAAGCACCUACCAAUCGACAACCCUUACUUUAUGGCCAGCAGAGCGUGGGCAUGGGCAUCGAUCCAUCCAAUCAGUAUUAUCCGUACAAUGAAUGCACUCCACUUAAUGCCACAUUUGUCCAAGACAAUAAUCCCUUUUAUGAUCAGCCAGGACAUGAUGUGAAUAGACCGCAAAUAGCAAGAGCACCAAACUUAUCGAAGGCAGGACCCAAAAAGGAUACAAAUUCGAAUAAAGUUCCAUCAAGCUUUAAACCAUCGAAGGAUAAAUCCAGUAAGUGCUGCUGCACUCGGUUCGAUCCCAACAAUCAAUACUAUGCUCCUCAUUACGUUUCCGAAGAAUCUGAUUGUCCACCAAGUGAAAACGCGAACUCUGGAAAAAAGAAGACACAGGAGAAGAAUUGCUUGGAGCUUCUCAGCCGCCUCACCGAGUCCUGUCCUCCGUGUGAUCUGCAGAAGUGGUGUCACCUCCUGAUGCCGAAGGACAAGGACAGGGGCAAAAGGCAAGCGAAACCGUCUGCCAAGAAGAACAAGAAAUCGAAUGGCUCAAAGAUCAAGAACAAGAUGAGCGAGCACAGCAGCAAGGAAAUAGAAGAUACCGAGACAUCACCAGUGGAAAUUCCAGAAAACGAGGAUGCCGACUGCCCGUGUAACUGCAAGAAACCAUGUCCAUCGCCUCCGACAAAACCAGAAAUGCGCACCUGCGGCUGCUCCGCCAAUUUGCCUGAGGAAAACGAAGAUCCUCCACCAGCACCCUCCAAUCCUCAACCAGCACCCUGCAAUCCUGCUCCAGCGCCAGUAAAUACCUGCUGCAUGCCCUGCUCGAACCAAUGUCCUUGGUCCUGGUACUUUAAUCCCUGCACCGGCUGCUACUACUACUGCGCGAAUUGCUGCAAUGGCUGUCGUAAUUGCUGCAAUUACUGCUGCAGUCCGUGCGGUCGCUGUUGCAGCAACUCCCCUGCUGCUAAGCUGGAGAAGAUUCCUCCGAAGCCGAAGCAAAAGGAAAGGCCAGACAGAUCGUCCACCGGCACGCGAAAUUCCGGCGGCGCGGCAGUGAGUUUGGGGAGCUGUGCUCCGCCUCCUCCGUUUGCACCCUGGAACUGCCCAAGGCAAGAGGUUUCAACCAUGCCAGGCUAUUCUCCGACUGCGUCGCCACACUUCAGCUCCCCAUACAGUGGGCGGUGGGUGGCUGGGGGAGUGGAUAUUCAUCGGAACUAUCAACGAAACAACCAAGGUCCUUCAUUCAAUGUCAGCCGAGUGCGCCAUGCCUAAAUUAAACGUUGAAUAUUUUUUCCAUUUUCACACAAGCCUAUCUCUAAUUAAAAAACUUCUUAGAAUGUG